AUGGCAGCAUCGUCCAGCUCUUCAAAGUCUUCAUUGGCUAUGAUCAUGAAGGUGAUCGUGCUUGUGGCGCUGGUCUUGGUGGCGACUGAAGUGGACGGACAGAGCUGCAAUAGGCACUUGAGUGGACUGAACGUGUGUGGUGAGUUCGUCGUUCCUGGGGCCGACAAGACGAACCCGAGUGCCGAGUGUUGCAGCGCUCUUGAGGCAGUGCCGAGUGAAUGCCUAUGUAACACCAUUCGCAUUGCCUCUAGGCUUCCCACUCGCUGCAGCAUCCCUACUCUCUCAUGCAGCUGA